AUGUUUCUCCCAACAGAGCCACAUUUGUAUAGAAGGGACUCCAGUCUAAGCGUGAAUAGUACGCAGAAAGAGACGUUGAUCGUCGCUUGUGUAUACGCUGUUGUUAUUGGUAUACUCUGGCACGUUCCAUUCUUGAGGUGGUUGAUAUAUCCAUUCAAAUUACUCACUGUCGGAUUUCACGAGUUCAGUCAUGCACUUGCAGGCAAGUUAACUGGCGCCAAGAUUGAAAGUAUACGAUUAGAUCCACACGAAGGAGGAGAAACGCGAAUGAGGGGUGGUUGGUCGUUUAUAUCAUUACCAGCUGGGUAUUUAGGAAGCAGUUUAAUCGGUGCUAUUUUUAUCGCAGUCGGAUUCGAUUCAUUCGCAUCUAAAAUAGCCUGCUUUGUUAUUGCAGCUUCCUUUUUGAUCUGUAUUUACUGGGCCAGGAGGGAUUGGCUGUGCUAUCUCUUGAUUAUCAUCUUCUCAGCGCUACUUGUAGCGUUUUGGUUCAUAAAUCAUGGUAUAUACCUCCGUUAUGUUAUAUUGUUCAUCGGUGUAAUGAGCUGUUUAUAUUCUAUCUGGGAUAUUAUAGACGAUACCCUGAUAAGAAAAGUAGCAAGCAGCGAUGCUGUCCAGAUGUCAUACGCUUUCAAGUGUAUCCCUUCUCGAGGUUGGGGUUUCAUUUGGCUACUCCAAAGUGUAGGGUUCUUCGCUUGCGGAAUUAUAGUAGGAAUAGCAGCUUUCAAAUAUGAGGACCAAAGAGCUCGCGCGGAUAUGUUUUUAUCUACGUAA